UUUCCUCCUCCUGUGCGAUCCGCUCUUGUUUCUGCAGCCAUGACUCUGUUGGAGAAAUCGAUGGAGAACAUGAUCGAAGUCUUCCACAGCUACGCAGAGAAAGACGGAGACGGAAAGACCUUAAGCAAGAAAGACCUGAAAAAACUGCUCGAGGCAGAGUUACCUGGAUUUCUGAAGGCCCAGCAGAGCACCAACAUAGUGGAAAGUAUCAUGAAGGAUCUUGACCAAAACAAGGACGAUAAACUGGAUUUUGAAGAGUUUGUACCCCUAAUUGCCGGCCUUUCGAUGGCCUGUGAAAAGUGUUACGUCCGGAGUCAAAAAAAGAGCAAGAAAUGAGCCGGCGGACGAGACAGCAGCCAUGUUGAUUUAUACUGAAAAUAACUUUUCUCGCACAUGUCUGUGCCUGAAGUAAAAACAGCCUCUGACAAAAUGUCACAGUGUUCGUCUGAUUACUCUUUUACUGACUGUUACAUUCAACACUUUAUUUUAGAGUCUUGAAGAAUCUUUUUUUUUUUUUUUUAACGCCUUAAACUCUGUCUUGAACACAUGGAAGAGGUUUAAUUGAGAAGAGGUUUUGCCAGAGCACAAAAAAAUUCCUUCGACAGGUUCACAUCUGACAUGCAUCAUUUCACCCUGAAAUCCUCCUUCAAUGUUUUGCUGAGAAAAAAUAAAGAUAACUGGACUCAG